AUGGCUCUGGAGGCGAUGCAGAAGACGUUUUACACGACUAUAAAUCUUGGUGUGAAUGAGAGGUGGAGGCCAGACCAGCAGGUUGUGGCGCUCUCUCAGGGCAUCUCCGUGCUCCAUCUCGUCCUCUUCAUCGCUGACCCAACACAGUUCCUUCAGCCGCUGUGGCUAGACUGGAAGCCCCUGGACCUCUUACUCUUCAGUCUGGCACCCAGCUCCAGUCUCGAUGUCCUUAGUGAGGAGGUUUUCAGCAGCGUCAGAAGUCUGGCUCUUAUUGACGAGAUCCCGAGUGAGGGAAGUGGAAGGCCUAAUGCAAUGGGGGUGUUUACUGUCUUGCCUUUCUCAUCAAGCAGUGUGAAAUUCCUCGGUGAGUGGAAUCCCCAGUUUUUUACCCGGAGAGAAAUCUUGUUUCCUGACCGCUUUCCUGCAUUUGAAGGGUACAGGUUUCAGUUGGCCACCUCCAUGGACGACGAACCUUUCUUAUAUCAGAGGAAGUCUGAUAACGCCAUAUCAGGGUCAGCAAUAAGGAUGUUGGCUGCGCUCUCAGCAACACUAAACUUCACCUACACUAUGACGGAGAGUGCGCCUGACCACAAGUGGGGCAGAAUGGAAAACGGAACCUGGGUUGGAAUUCUGGGAAUGAUUUAUAGAAAGGAAAAGAAUUUCACUGUGAAUUGUUUUGCAUUGGUGGAUGAUCGUAUCAGAGACUUUGCAGCAUCUGAGCAAUAUUCAGUGCAUAUCUGGAGAGCUUUUCUGUUGAGGCCUCAGCCCCUGGCGACGUGGAGGAACGUGUACCGGCCCCUGCAGCCCCUGGUGUGGGCUGCUGUUAUCGCCUCUCUUGUGGUCGCUGUUGGACUCCUAACUCUCCAGGAGCGUGUGGCGGGGGCGGCCAUGGUGGGCGGCGUGGGGUCCAGUUGGCUCUACCUACAGCGAGGACCACUGAACCAGAGCUUGCCGGCUCUCCCCCGCACAGUGUGGAGGAGGAUGUUCGUCGGUGUCUGGUACCUCUAUUGUCUCAUCAUCAGUGGCGCCUACACCUGCAACCUCAUAGCCAUCUUCACCAGACCAACCUACCCACAGCACCUCCACACUCUCCAGCAGCUGGUGGACAGUUCCCAAAGGAGAUUCGGGGGCCUGGCGUUGUUGAUAAAGAACUCCAAAGACGACAUUUACAAGAAGUUAUGGAGUAAAACCGACCUUUUUCCACAUGACGAUGCCUCCGUGGCGGCUAUGAGAGCAGGCACCCACGCCUUCAUCGCUGGAACUGCCUACGCCACGAUUCUUCUUAGUAAUCGUCACAAGAUAUUAAACUGGUAUACAACGAAGGAAGGACUCUGCAACAUGUACUUGUCGUGGUAUUUCCAAAAAAAUUCACCAUGGAAACACAAGUUUGACAAAAAUAUACAACGACUUGUGGAGGCUGGUCUUACGCAACACUGGCUCAAGGAAUCGGACGUCCAGUAG